AUGGGGAUGUCUGAUGUUCUUCUCCAGUCGUCCAGUUCCACCUCUCUACUGGGGGCUCUGCUGAUCCUGCUGCUGGUCUACAUCAUCUCCUCCUUCCUCUUCAGCUCCAGGCAGAAUGGGAGCGAUCCUCCAGGACCCAGACCUCUUCCACUGCUUGGUAACCUGCUGCUGAUGGACCUACAGAGACCUUACAACACGUUAUCAGAGCUUUCCAAAAAAUAUGGAUCAGUGUUCACCGUCUACUUUGGGUCCAACAAAGUGGUGGUUCUAACAGGAUACAAGACCGUGAAGGAGGCACUUGUUGAUCACGCUGAAGAGUUUGGAGACAGAGAUCAAAUUCCAGUUCUGAAUGAAUUUAAUAAAGGGCAUGGUAAGGGAAGGCAACAUAUGACCUUUUUUCUACACCUUUGCCCUAAAUGUCCGGCUCUGAGACUUAUUUGGCAUAAUGUGCUGAAAUACUUGCCCUCAGGCGUCAUAUGGUCCAAUGGGGAGUCCUGGAAGGAGAUGAGACGGUUUGCUUUGACAAACUUAAGAGACUUUGGGAUGGGAAAGAAGGUCUGUGAGGACAAGAUCCACGAGGAAUGUGACUACCUCAUUGAAGUGUUCAAGAAAUUUAAGGGAGAACCGUUUGACACAACUCAACCAAUGAACUACGCAGUCUCCAAUAUCAUCUGUUCUAUGGUUUAUGGCAGCAGAUUUGAAUAUGAUGAUCCAGAGUUCACAUCUCUGGUUGACAGAACAAAUAGAGGCAUGCAGCUUAUGGGCACUACAGCUAUAAGGAUAUACAACCUUUUCCCAUGGAUCGGCAAGUGGUUUCAUGAGUUUCGAGAGUUCACUACUCUCACUCUUGCUAACAUCAACCAGAACCGACGACUCUUCAAGCUUCUAAAAGAGACGCUGAAUCCACAGAUGUGCAGAGGUUUCGUAGAUGCCUAUUUGAGCCGAAUGCAAAAUCUAGAGGAAUCUGGAAUUACCAACAGUCACUUCCACGAUCAGAACCUCAUGAUGAUGGUCUUUAAUUUGUUCGCUGCUGGCACUGAUACAACAUCAACGACUCUGAGAUGGGGACUUCUGCUAAUGGCCAAAUAUCCAAAAAUACAAGACCAGGUCCAGGAAGAGAUCAACAAGGUGAUGGGAGGUCGUCAGGUGCAGGUGGAGGACAGGAAGAACCUGCCCUUCACUGAUGCUGUCAUCCACGAGAUACAGAGAAUCGCCAACAUCGUUCCACUAUCACUUCCUCACAAAACAAGUCAAGAUGUCAGCUUCCAUGGUUACCUGAUAAAGAAGGGGACCACGGUGUUUCCCCACUUGAUGUCUGUCCUCUAUGAUGAGAGCGAGUGGGAGAAGCCUCACAGCUUCUAUCCUGCUCACUUCCUGAACAAAGAUGGGAAGUUCGUCAAACGCGACGCCUUCAUGCCUUUUUCUGCAGGCCGCAGGAUUUGUCUUGGAGAGAGUCUGGCCAGGAUGGAGCUGUUCAUCUUCUUCACCACCCUCAUGCAGCGCUUUCGAUUCACGCCUCCACCUGGAGUCUCAGAGGAAGAACUGGAUCUGACAGCACGUGUUGGCUUAACCCUCAACCCUUCGUCCCACAAACUCUGUGCUACCUCCAUUAUGUGAAGAGUUUGGCUUGAAAAUGCUGGAGUGUUCAAGCAGUAGCAGUAGGCUAUAACCUGUGUAGCAGGAAAGUCUGAUGUUGUAAAUAAGCAAUAGAUUGUUUUCAUCAGCAAUGUUUUUUCACUUCACACUGUAUUGUGAAAAUUAUAAUUUGCAACCCUUGCAGAAAACUAGGGUUUACGUCACACUUAAAUCUUAACUGAAUGUUUUAUUAAACAAACACAAAGCAUGA